AUGGAUAUGGUGCGUCUUUGUAUUUCUCUUUUGCGUUGGCAUAUGGCAUUGAAAGCUUGGUGGACCGACUAAAUUAUCUCGUUAGGUCGUAGGUGUUUUGCGUCAGUUAAGAUGCAUGAAGGUUGACUGGGCUAAUGCAAGGAUUGUUUGCCGUGUUUAAUAUUCAUAUGUGCCUUCGAUUUUUUCGGCGAAAACAUUCUGUCCUGGUUUUAAAGCGGAAUUUAACGUUACCUCACGCACACCAGUUGUUGUUAUGUUGGUUGGUCCUGUUGUACCACUUAGACAUAAUGCUUAACUUUGUUUAUGCGUAGUAUCCCUGCUAGCACUGUACUGGUAUUUUGCUAGCUCCUGUCGACGCAGUUUAUGGUGUAUAACUAUUCAUUUAAUCGACGGAUCGUUGUCGGUGCCUGUUACAGACGAUGUAUUCAUCAGUCUAUAUCACAAUUGACAUCAAAGGCCUUAAAGGCGCGCUCCACAUCGAUUUUACGCUGGGUGCCAUGCGAGAUCAAGUGUAUUGGCAGGCUCAAGAGGCGCUUCACGGUCCGAUAAUACCCCUUCCAAAUAGGAUAACCUAAGGAAUGCGUGGUACCAUAGUAUUUAUUGGAUAUGUUGAAUGCUUCUGGAAAAUGAUGGUUGCAUACAGUUUUGGGUGUCAUGCGUGCGGGUUUCUGAGUGUCGCAGCCAGACGGGACCGUAGAUGGCUAUGAGACUCAGUUACCCGCGCAGAUAGUGCCUCGCCAUUCAGCCGAAUACCUGGAAGCAGACAGCACGAAUCGGGACUGCCCGAUUGUCGUAAUCAAUCGGCCACUAACACGCGAGUGAGGAAGUAUAAAAAGUUGGGAUAAGAGAAUCAUAAAAAGGAGUACAGUGUAUUAUGGCCUUAUUUCUCCUAAAAUUGGCGUACGGGAACUAAGACGCAAAAUAAAAGGGCGGUGCACGACAUGGAAGUGGUCAGCACAACCAGUUAGCGCGACGUCCUUCCCGGCCAACAAAAGGAGUGACCAAAAUGUCGACAUACCUAUUGUGUGGACUUGUAGGUAAAAAAUUGUAUGCUUAUUACGAAGGCGAUUUGGAUGGACGUGUUAUUAAUACUUUGCAAUGUCUAAGUUUCGCAUAAAGACAUGUCGUCGCCUACGGGUACUGAUGGUUGUCCCAGCAUCCUGUUUGUCAGCCGAAUUGGUGUCGUUUUCCUGCUCAAGGUUGGUGGGCUUUGAAGGGAAAAUGGGACGGGAUCUUGAAGCAAAGGUGUGGGCGUCUCCUGAUGGCAACUGUCGAUAUCCUUCCCUUCUCUGGAGCCAAGUAGUCGAAUGGAUACGAUUUGUUUUUUUUGCCGUUAGUGUGUGGUGUGUGAGCGUAUUGGGGUUGCACUGGAGUAGACCAGUCUCAUCCGGCGGAUCAUGUUUAAACUGUCGGAUGUUUUUCGGCAGAGUCCGACCAGGAGACGCAAGUCACAGGGAGAAUGGUUCUAGUUAUCGGCCAUCCAUUGCAGACAAGCCUCCUUUACUAGUGUAACAUUAGUGGCAGUACGCCAAGGUGAUCUGAUUGAGUGCAACGCGUCGAACAAACUGAAAUUUUAGGGCGGGUAGAAUAGUCUUCUAAAAAUUUGGGUUCAAACGCCUGACCUGCCCGUUUUCUUGGGGAUUGUAUGGAGUUGUCUUACUAGUCGAGCUGCUAAACGUCGGUGGACAUAAAUGAUGGUCACCGACCGGUGGAGGUGUACGAGGGGGUACCGAGUGUAGAGACUAGCUAACAGAAACAUUUGAUGACAGGCUUGUCAGUCUGGUCAGAACAGGCAAACACAAGUGGAAAACGGAAAGAUUCGCCAAUAAUCGCGAGCAACUGACUACCCUGUGUCACUGACGGAAGUAGACCUUUGAAGUCAAUUGACAGCCGUCUGAAUGGCUACGUAGCGUUGUUGAGUUGACCUUGUGCCUGAGGGGAAAAGCGGGGUUAGAUUUCACAGCAGGUUUGACAUAUAGCGACAGCAUUACGAACCCAUUCAAUUGAAAAAAGAAAAUUCAGGACUUGAACAAAUUGUGAUAGCUGGGAGGCACCAGGAUGGCAGAGUUAUCCAUGCAGUCCUUUCAGAUUGUUACUUAUCGACAAACUCCGCAGCAUCUACGAGGAAGUGUAUCUGCCGCUCGGUUUUCAUUUUCAGGUCAAUAAACGCUAUCAAAGUCGAAUGGCGGCAGCUCCAACCUCCAACGUCCUGUCUUGUCAUUACUUUUCCAUUUUGUCGACAAAACGCUGAUCUAUAGUGGAUUUGAAAUGAUUACCGGAGAAAAAAUAUACCCACUUGCGUAUAGGUUUCAUUACGGCGUACGCUCCUCUUUUGACAAUAGUAAUGUCGCUCACUCAGUGAUACUGUGCACGAAGAACGCUACCGGCAGCCCAUUAUGGUUGUGUGGCACCAGUCACGACGUCUGAGAAAUUAAUUUCGACAGUCAAUAGGGCAUCAUGUGGGACGGUAGCGUCUAUGAUUUUCGAAAGUUCAUACUUAAGAGUCUUAAGUGUUUCCAUUAUUUUCGAUGAUAGAGGACGUAUUAGUGUGAAUCUGCUUGUUGAUCGAUUGACUGUUGAAGGAUCCGGCCUCUCACACAGUUGAAAAUUGUCUUUGAAUAGACACACCGUCGACAGACACGGUUUCAUUAAAGAAAUCAGCCUCCUCACUAUUCGCUUGUGCUCGGGUUUUUGUUCUGUGGUAGCAUACUGAAAUCGGCAAUAGAAGGCUCAAUAACAUGUCAUAAUCCACCCUGUCAAACUACAGAUCGAGCAAACUUUUGCGACAGAAUCCACGAAACGGACCAAAUGGACUGCUGACGGUAGUUGGCGUACUCAAAGGUUUGCUGGACUGAAAAGUGCUGGUGCAUGCACCCCCACUCCAGCUGAAAGCCAUGAUAGUCCUUUCUUUUCCGCGCACCGCGGUAGCAGUGGGAGUGGAUGAAGUAGAUAAGUUUGGAAGUUUUUUUUACGUCGACUUUAAGGAGUUAGAUGCUAGUGUCUUUUUUGCUCUGGUCUGUUGCCUUCCUUGAAAAUCAGCCCAACGACAGCUUCACUAUGAUUGCAGUCCUCUUCCCGUGGCCAUGUAUUCGAGCAGCAAUCGAUUGUUUCCGCUAAGGAACAGUCAUCAUCAUAUAUUUUUUUCAGUUUGACUGCUGCCCCAAAUAUCUCCACAGUAGGCAGUGGACCAUAAUCACAGUUGUAUUCUAGUGCCAGGGCGUUUUAAAAUUAGAUGACAUCCGAGGGGCCGAACCUGCAGGACUCAGAAGGUUGGCCAUCAGUUCCUUCCAUCAGCGAGUCGUAUCUGACAGGGACCUUGUUACUGUACCUUGUCUAGCUUUGGUCGCUGAGGCAGGUGAAUUGUUGCACUAAUUCAUUUUCAAGAUUCUACUCGACUUCUCAGUAUGACUGUUAGCUCGAACGCGUUUAAGGUACCUCAGAGUUUUACUCCAGAAAUCGUCUUGUCCGGGCCGUACAAAGUGCAUAGUCUCAUGAGAAAAUCAGCUGAAAUUUCGGUCGCCUCGAAUUUGAAUUGUUCUUGCACUACUAACUAGUCGGAUCGCUGCACCAGGGAUAUAGUUUUUGUGGUCGCUUCUUUCGUGAUCUAACAGCCCCGAUGAGGUACUUUCCUGAGUAUGCCUCAAUUCCGGCCAUAUGUUUUCUGUUGAAGACGCCUUCAAGGCGGUUGCCUUUUGUCAGGGCUGCAGAGCGGUUUGGAGUGCCUAGACUAAAGCUGAUGGCAGUGCCAUAACCCUGCCACUGUCAUCUAAGUACAGUCUGGAUCAAAACAGAGCCACCACAAAGACAUGCCCAGAGCCGUUCUCGCCGCUGGCGUCGACACCAUAAAUCGUGCGGGAGUCUACUAUGCGUUCUUGAAAAGGUAUGUAGUGGACUCCAGUUGAAGCAUGACAUUUCUUGGGACACGCCUUGGCUUUAAAUUCUGAUUGAGGGCCUCCCCAGCACGCCAUCAACGCCUGGUAUGGAGACGUGCAUUGCGGCAACUGUAACGGUGGUAACUGCACCUCAAUAACAUCGCUUUACAGAGCAUAAGUGAAACUUUAGCCCGGGGAUUCAGAGGAAUUGCAACACAACGAAUUUUCAAAAAAAAUCGAGAUGGACUUAUCUGACAUGGUCUGGAAGGACGCCUUUGAGAGGCGGGCAACGUUCGCGUUGCACUGUACUAGUACUCUCAUGUUUGUGUGUUUCCUGUGCAAGAGAAGCCCCUACAGUUCAUGUCGCUCUUUCUGGCAAGCAUGCCAACCUGCGUAUUUACCAUUUAAAUUGCUGAUGGAGGUCUGGCCGUGUCAGCCCUCAUGGACGCCGUGGUAUAAGUCAAGUCUGGAGUGGAUUAUAGGUUUACAGCCCACAAAAUAACGAUAACAAGCAGUUCUUACACGGGGAUACUUCCUCAUUUGAAUUUGCGCUGGCGAUCCGUCCCUACUCAUUCCGUCUGACCUAGGGGCCUUAUUAUUUCUUAGCUGGUCUUCAAUGAAGACCGCUCCACUACAUCACCUUGGAUCACACUGGAUAGCCAGUAGCUCGGCAAACGACCAAACCGCGUCUUCAUAGGGCUCGUAUCGUCUUUUUGACUAAAUAGAGAAGACACUAUAAAAUGUCAGCCUUUCUGGAAAGUGAAUGCGUAAGGGAGUUGAUAAAACCGCUGAUUCACGGGAUGAAAACGGCCAUCUUCCGUAGUCUGAAGUCCGUUUGAGGUAACAGCGGAAGGCUGGGUUUCAUACGGCAUUCCGCGCCUACCAUUCCUCCUUUUAGGAUGAAAUAUGAGUGUCCUGUUUUCUCACGAAUUUACCGUCCAGAACACACGCAAACGGUCGUAUAGGGAGGAGAAGCCUAUAAUCUAGAAGUAUUGUCGACAAAGACGACGGAGGCUGGAGUGAACUUCUUCGGCUUAUUUCUCAUUGUCAUCUGGCCUUACCCUAUCUUCAAGUUGGGAAGAUCCGUUUAUCGAACCAGUUCUUCGAAAAUGGAUGCAUCUAGUCCGUCCAUAUCCGCACCACCGACAUUUGAGUCAGAUGCACGAAGUUGAUCCUUUUGCUCUGCUACCACGUGUAGGUGACAUCAUUGAUCUAACCAUUUUCUCUGCCAAAUCUACAAGUGCAAAUUGAACGUCAUCACAUCCACGCAAAGCUCUUUCGAGCCUCAGGCCAGUAAUAUUAAAGGAUUGGCGUUGUGAAUUCAUUGCGCCCAAUAAAACGGAUACAGAUCGCAUGAUAGUGGGCUCUGAUAAUAAUAACACUAUUCGGAUAAACUGUCUGUUUCCAUUGUCUUCCGCCGACACGAGCAAAACAUAUCAGUCGGUUGCUGGUGGUUGUAACGAACUUUAUGCAUGUACGACUGUGAAUGUUCGGUGAUUACAUGAAAAUCCACUUCGAUGCACUGCCUGCCACAGUUUUCUCACCACGCUUAUUCUUGAGUAACCUAAGCAUCGUGGUUGAAAGACCUUUGCAGCAGUCUAGAUGGGGCCUAUGCUGCCAUACUUCUCGCUGUCUGGAUUACCUCUUAUUGAGGACAGGCAUAAGGAUGACCGCGACCCAGUUAUUGAGAGAAACCUCAUCCCUCAAGACAUGCUUAAUCGCCCCACAGGGCUAGGUGUCAACGUCAGAAGGGCUUGUGGACCUAGACAGAAAUGCCAUCUGGUGCCAACCUUUUUUUGCACAACCUCAGAAUGGCACUGGUGGUUUAUUUCUGCGAAGGAGAGUCACCCGACAACUGGGCUUCUGAGAGCAGGCAGGUAGUGACCAUUUGCUUAUCACAGUUGGAUGGGCGUACUAACUGUUAAUGCCAGCUCUCUAUCCUGACCAAGUCUUCAGCUGCCGUGAGCAUUAAGUCAAUGCAAGGAAUUUACCGCUGACUUUUCAGAUGAGUUGUUGGAGUUUCCCUUUGUCAUGGACGCUCAUGUAUACUCACUAACGGUGAUCAUUUCGGCCCCAUAGUUUCCGCUAAAUUCUCUAUCUCGUGUUUCAGCAUUUUAUGGAGUGGAUCCGAGUAGACAGAAUUAUGGGGUAUAAAUUGAGCUCUCUGAUUAGACAGUUCAUUCACAUUCACUCAAAUUUACCAGACUUUUUGGUGCAAUUUAGCAAGGCAUUACUCGUCUCUCUUCCUGGCUGGAUUUUCGCUCGAGAGAAUAAGAUUCUUCUUUCGCAGCUAAGUAUCGCCUGGUUCAUAAUCAUUACGUUCCAAAAAAAUUUUUCAUAUGUUCAAAGCAUGGUCUUUUAUAUGCCCUUAUGCCAAAGGAAGCCUAGUUCAUUGCUUAGCGGCUAGUUCUGGGUGGAUAUGCUCUCCCGAUAUAUCGAAGUCAGAACUUAAGCAAAUGAAGGACCUGCCUCACGGAAACAGAUAUUCUGACUUAUCCAUCUCCAGUGUUAUUGGAAAACUUCGACCCAUUCCACCUAUAUUCCGAUAGAAAACAAGUACCAGCAAUACACAGGAAUAGGAACCCCCCAUUCCAGGAGCCCUGCGCCAAUUUCCAGGGGAACUAAGGUUAUUGUUUGGAUUCAGGUUAGAACAUAGGAAGGUGUACCUUUGCAUUUCUCACAACCAUCUGUAUUACUAGGAGGGCGUCCUAUUCCCGUCUUACCAGAAUACCGGUUAGGACUGUCGGUUUCUCACUUGCAAAUACCUCCUAAUGUCAGAGACUGUGUUGGCGCGCCUGAUAACCUUGAAUGCUAACAAAAGAUGUGUCACUCACGUGUUUUGGUGAUCUUCUGUUUGAGGGUUAGAGAAAGACCUUUCAUCAAGCAUAAUGGCAUCUGUUGACCUUUUUGCACCAGGAGACCGCACGAAUGGCGAUUGUGAGGGGUUUGAAGUCCCAUGUAUACUUACUGCAGGUGGUCAUGCUGACCAUUGUGUGUUUGAUCAAAUCACUCCACGCUUGGCCAGUUUUCAUCUCUUCCAACCUUUUAGUGGAAUUAGAUUUACGAGAACUUUGAAAAAUAGGGCCUUAUCUCUGCCAACGCCCCGGUUGAACUAGAGGUUGCAGCGAAGUUACGCAAUGAAGGUUAUGGGCGUACGACUUUUGCAUCGGUAGCUGAAACGGCCUAAGCUACGCAGCUGAGCUUGUCCGCUAACUGGGCACCCACCGCCAGUUGAAUCGAAAUGCAUACUAGAAGAUACCUAGCCUCCUUGUCUGCUUAAUUCUUGCAGUUCUCAGCGUCCAACUGAGUAAGAGGGCCAUAAGGGCCACAUUAAGAAGGGGCUAUUGUAGUUCGACCCUCAAUCCACCAGUCGGCUACACAACGCAAAAACGCACAGUGGACUGACUGGGAGGCCCCGGUUGGACUGUCGGUUAGCAGUUUUCCAAGCCACAGCUUUUCGUGCAUAGUAAUAAUCUCGGGCUUGUUCGGUUAUUAAUGUGAGGAAUAUGCGCUGGGAGUAGACAUCAAUAUCUCCCUUCCCUUUCCGUUCACCAUUCUAUUAUCCGAGCCUGCCAACUAACUGAUGUUGAGAUUGGAACAGGCGGCUGACAGAGCUAAGAACAGCACGUCUGCGCGUACCGUACGCACGGCCUGACCUCCACGCGUACACAAUAGAAAGUCACACGGAAGGGCCGACUGCUCGACAGGGGAACUACCUGGAGAAGACGCCGAAAAACCCAUUUCUCACUUACGUGAGAGGUGCCUAGUUUGUGCCUGUUGUGUGUUCUGUUGGACGUGUUCAUGUGUGGCGCAUGUGUUGGUGGAGAUGUGUGGUGAUGUGGUGUGGUCUGCGGCGACUGACUACAGGUUUUCGUGGAGACGCGUGUGGCGGAGUAAGCUUAUUCGAUGGCUGAAUGUGUGAGGGCAAUUUAGGCGAUGACGGCGCGUGUAUGUUAGUGCUCCAGGCACUGGUUCGCCAGCGCCUGUGCGAUGGAUUUCCAAGUGACCGGUCGGGCCGAUGCGUGAUGUGCACGUUUAAUGGAAAUUUGGACAGGAUAGGUUGAGAUAUGUGGCCCGUUUAACGGUACUCUCACGGAUCAGCAAGUAUGCCAUCGCUAGAAUCUUCAAGAUCCUGAACAUCUGUCACCCUCCGGUCUUCCUGAGCCGCAUUCGAGUCACUAGAAGGCUCCCUUACCAGUUUUAUUAUUUAACUGAGAUUCUGUUGGAGGAAAUACUGGAAUUAGAACGGUCUCCGUUUAAGUUGUGGUGACAGUGCUCUGAGGUCUUUUGUGAUGCCUGCAUUUGCCACCCGCCGGUCUGCAUUAUUUUCACCAGUCGAUCUUUGGGGCUGCCCUUAUACGCGACUCUACGCCUUUUUUUAUAUCAGCGCUGAAGUCAUUUUUUGUGAUUUACCGUCACUUCGUCGCCCCAGUAAAGGUCAGGUUAGGAAUUUCGUUUUAUAAGCGGUAAUUUCUUUUGCAAGAAUGCCUGAAGUGCACUUUAUUACACACCCAGUGUCGUCAUCAACCAGUCGUACUCCAACUCGAAGCCUGAAAGACCGGAAGUUGGAACCAGAGUCCGUAACUCAAGUGCUGUUUGGCAGGUUUUUACUCUGAAGUUAAGUUAGAGUGAUUUUUAGUAUACUGGAUCCCCAAAAAGUUAAUACCAACAAGCCAUCAUCUUGGCCUCUUUGCCUUUAUAAGAUCACCUGAAGUCCACAAUAUCUUUAUUUUUACAUUCGGUUAUUCUGCUUUUUGCAAGCAUAUUUCCUCAUAAAACAUCUUUCCACCCUGUCUCAGAAUUUCUUGGAAAUGCAUUUCAGACCAAAUGCCUCCUGUUCAUCCCACUGGCCGGAGUUGAGCAUUUAAGUAUCAUGAAGAACCUGUUUAGAAGAAAAUGUUUUUGAUCGCUUUUCCAACCAUAGUCUCUUUAUCGAUCUAAGUUUGUGCCACCUUUAGUAGGCCUUCUGGAACCCCUAACGACCCAGCUUGGGAAUCAGUUGUUAGUACUUUUUUUACCAGAUGCUCAUAUCUGUUUUACUUGAUCUGUAACCCAGGAGUGCGCGUUGUGUUCGUGACCUCCUUAGUUUUCAUCAACAACAGCUUCAGCGUCACGACACAUGUCAUUAUUUCGAACUGUGCGUUGCGCAGAACGCGAUCGCUCGAUAAGCUCUAGAGCCUUAUUUUAAAACGAGAGAGCACCAACUGCAGUGUAGAUUCAACGAUUUGCGAGCAAUUUCCAGCCGCGGUAUGAAUAAACCUCACUUGACCCUGUUUGCCAGUGAACUUUCAUGCGGUUCUACUUUUCCAGAACUUUGUUAUCGAAGUGGUUUAGUAUAGUGGCUUAGACUGUUUUGAAUCUAUUAUUUAUGGAGUGCACCGCAGAAGUAUCUAUUAACUGACAGCUAAGAGCUUCUGUGCUUGAAGACUGACUCCAAACACUACACCCUCCCCCCAUACAGACAGAUGCACAAGUUUCAAACGCGGUGGAUCUGCUGCGGCGAAUGCCACCGCAAAAGUUUGAACACGUCCUCCAGAGUGUCAUCGACAUCGCCCCGCACAUUACGGAGGCCCUCCUCGCCUUGGUUGACGUACCCAUGAAAAUCAAACGCGAUGCGAAGGCUGGUCGCGACUACCUCUUAUCUGAAUUCAAUCGUGACAACGACUCCUAUCGGUCGCCGUGGACAAAUACCUACGAUCCCCCAUGUGAGGAUGCUGUAUAUCCAUCCGAUCGGCUGCGGUUGAUCGAAAUUGAUGCCAACAAUGCCUUUGACCAGUACAGGGAGAUGUACGUACCUUGGAACUCUUCCUAA